UUCUUUUCAGUUCAGAGUCUCCUCUCUGUACAGCAAGCAAACCCUACGAUUUGAUUGAAUUCAAAAAACCUCGGAAAAGUGAACGUGACCUUCUUCAAAAUUUAAAUUAGAGCCCAGCGUCUUGAUUCCAAAGGAGUUCCAUCCUCUGCCCUUCAGCUCAUUGGGGAUCUCCUCUGUGAACGAUCCAAUUUCACCAUUUGUGCCUAGGCUGCUAAGUGCCUGCCUUUCUCGAGAUUCUUGGAGCGGUUAAUUUUGGAAACAAAUUGAAGCUGCAAGAUUGUCAGCAGUUCCAGGAUACGUGCAUUUGUAAAGAAAGUAUGAGUGCCAUAAUGAUACGUGGUUAUGCCCAAAUAUGGAACAAGAGGACAGGGAUGUCCAAGGCCCAAGGAGCAUUAAUAGAAACAGUGGAAGGAAAGAAGAAUUUUAAAUUGUUGAUCUACUUCAAGUGUGGAAAAGUUAGAACUUUUUACCUAAAUAAUAAUAUUAAAAGUGUAGCCAUUACAUCCUAUGGAGAAAACCUCAAUCACCUACAUUUGACUUUCCAAAAUAAUAACUUCUUGUUUGUUGAAAGAUUAACUUCCGCAGAUGCUGAACAAUUGAAGAUGUUCCUGGACAAGGUUCCUCAAAGCAGUCCUGAACCACACAUGAACCCUAAGAGAGUGAGCAUGUCUACCAGAACAGCAAUGCAGACCAAGCAAACUUCAUUGUCCAGUGUUUAUCUUGAGUCAGGUGAGCAGUGCUCAGGGACAGACAAAGAAGGUGGAACAUCUGUUCCUCAGAAUACAACUUUGCUUUCAUCCAAAGUAUCACUUACUAGUAAAGAAUCAGAAACCCAACAUAGGAAGAAAAUGCAAUUCUCUGAUUCAGAGGUGAAGAAAAGUGAGAAACACCUGAUAAAAAAGAGCAGUAUAAGAAAGAGAUUCAGGGCAAAUCCCUUGAAGUAUAAAAACCGCAGUUGGAAUAAACUGUCAAGGACAGAAGUGUUAAAGAAAAGCAAGAAACUGACACGUGCAUCAACGGCCAGGUCUUUUGACAGUCGUCCUCUAGGUGAUACCGGCCUCCAGUAUCUCCCUGAAAAAACACUUGAACAGCUUCUGCAGGCACUAAAUCGUAGUGAGGGUGGCCAAGUGCCCAAGUCACUCAGUAAAGCCCACUCACAGUCAGUAUGGCAAGGUCUCCCUAAUUUGGGAAACACCUGUUACAUUAAUGCAGUCAUACAGUCCCUGUGUUCAAUUCCAUUGUUCGUUAAUGAUGUGCUCAACCAGGGUUUCCCAUGGGGAAGAAUUUCCCAUGAUAUUUUUUGCCUGUGCGUGGCACUCCUGCUUGUCAUGAAAGAUGUUUUUAAUAUGAAAAUUAAAGCAAAGUUACUAGUGAAUAUUCAAAAAGCCAUUUCACUAGUUGCAGAGAUAUUUGCAGUGGACACGCAGAAUGAUGCACAUGAAUUUUUAAGCUUCUGCUUACAGCAGAUGAAGGAGGGCUUACAAAGAUCAAAUGUAGUUUGCAUAACUGAAAACAAACCUGAGCAAGAAAAUUUGCCUCAGCAGGUUUUUGCUGGUGAUUCUGCUGCCAAAGUGCCUGAUUGUCCUGUCAUGACUAAUUUUGAGAGUGAGUUGCUGCGCUCUAUCUUUUGUAAGGCUUGUGGUCAGGCUGUUUACAAGAGAGAACCAAGUAAUUAUCUCUCCAUCAGCCUUCCGCAAGGAAAGAAAGCAUGUCCUUUGUCUAUUCAGUCUACUUUGGAUCAGUUCUUUAUAACAGAGGAGCUUGAGUAUAAGUGCGAGAAGUGUAAGCACAAGAAAGCUGAUGCAGUACACAAGUUCAGCAGGCUACCUAGGGUUCUUAUUAUUCACCUGAAACGCUAUUACUUUAAUGAGUAUUUCUUAGUAAAGAAGAAUGAUCAGGCAGUCACCAUUUCCACAUAUUUAGAUUUGUCUCCUCAUUGCAAUGAGGGCACCAAGCCACCUGUCCCUCUUAGCAAGAAUGCACACAUUAGAGACGUACAGUUACUAAAAACUUUUCAGAAGCUAAGCUUUAGAAUCCUUUGCUCAUUAUCUUUAGUGACAUUAGAAAGUUUCAAGGAUUCCACAGCAAAAGGUGUUAAAUCAGGCAAGGAGCCCGCUUCACGGAAACCCCAGAGGGUGCUUAGAGGGAAAAAAAGAGUACAACCCCAGAAAGACCUUGGCAAAGUUUGUAAACUGGAUAUGAAAGAGUCAAAAUCAGUCCAUGUAGGAGAUGGAGCACUGAUUGGAAAAGAGCAAUUAGCCAGCUCAGCGAUGAAUCUGGGAGACACUUCCCUUCCUCUGUUACACAAACUUGCGCCUCAACCUGUUAGCAGCCCAGACACCUGCCUUACAGAAGCACAGUUUCCAGAAAUACCUGAAAAUGUAGAAGUGAAGAAGUCUCAAAAAACAAGUACAUCUGCAGAGUCAGAUUUUGAUGGUGUCAGUGAGACCACUGAAGACUUUUCCAAAGACAACAAAACCAGAGUUAGAGAAAGAUCCCAGAAAGUGGCCAAACAAAGUGAGGAAAGUGAUGGGACAAGAACCCAUAAAGAUGCCCCUCAACGGACACUUCCUGAAAGCCUUCUAAAGUUAGGUAACCUGCAGCCCAGAGUGAGCCUGACAAGAUGUACAGAAUUAAUUCUGCAGGAGGCUAGCCGUAGAAGCAAAGAUAGUUCUGAUAAGAAGACAGAAUCAAAAACCCAGGAACCAGAAAAAAAGGCUGAUGAGAAAAGUCCUUGUACCUAUAGGCUAAUUGGUAUUAUCAGCCAUAUCGGAAGAAGCCCCGGUUCAGGACACUAUAUCAGUGAUGCCUACGACUUUAAGAAUCAGGUCUGGUUCACUUACAAUGAUCUAGUGGUAUCAAGUGUCUCAGAGUCCGUGGUGCAGGAUUCUAGGCUUGAUACAGGGUACAUCUUUUUUUACAUGCAUAAUGAGAUCUUUGAAGAGCUGCUGCUAAGGGCCUUUGUGUUUGCACUGGAAGAACAUCAUCAGCUUUCCUGGGCCUUUAACUUGCAGAUUGAAGAUCCUGAGACUUUUCAACCUCCAUAA